AUGGGCCAGUUCGCAUCACAUUCUGUGGAUGAAAAGUCCCUAGAGACAAAACACACGUCGGCCAGUCUCACAACGUCCAUUGGCUCGAUGCAGGGGUAUCGCGUGACAAUGGAGGACGCCCAUUGCCUCGCACACGACGCUUCGAUCCAUCCGGACUUUGAGAUCUCCAUCUUUGGGGUCUUUGACGGCCAUGGGGGCAAGAAAUCCGCCAAGUAUGUCUCCGAAGUCUUGCCGUGUUUGCUCAUGAAACGCCUCCUCGCGCGCUUCCACAACCUGCUAGAAGGCACGUCGGGCGACCUCUUGGAGCGAUUGGGGAAAAUUGAGGCGCAGAUCGACUACCUCAAGUUCCUCCGUGACUGCUUCUUCAAAGUCGAUAGCGCGUUGCUGGAGCAGAACUUCAACUCCGGGAGCACCGCCGUUGUGGCGCUCUUGGUGAAUCGGCGGCUAGUGGUGGCGAACGUGGGCGACUCGCGGUGCUACGUGUCUGUCAAUGGGAUUGCCAAAUCGCUCUCGUACGAUCAUAAGCCGAACAAUGUGGGGGAGCUCAUGCGUAUCCACCGCUCGGGAGGCUUUGUAGCGAUGAACAGAGUCAACGGCGUGUUGGCGCUCAGUCGCGCGUUCGGCGACUUUGGCUUUAAGGCCGGCCUAAUGUCUGUCCCGGGGCCGAAUGGUAAGCGCCACGCGGUGGUGCGCAUCCCCCCCGAGGAGACGCCAGUCACAUGCGAGCCGGAGGUUAUUGUUCACACGCUCGGCCGACUGGACGAGUUUUUGGUGUUGGCGUGCGACGGGAUCUGGGACUGCUAUAAAAACCAGACUUUGAAUAACGAGAUCCGCGACUGGAUAUUGAAGGGGAAGAGCUUGCAGGAAAUCUGCCAGAUUGUGUUGGAUAACAGUUUGGGGAUGGCGAAUAAUGUCACGGGGAUUGGAUACGACAACAUGACAAUUAUGCUUGUGGCGCUCCACCAGCGUGAGGGGAGCGUGGAGGCGUGGUAUGAUGAGAUGAUUGAGAAACUAAGCAAGCGAAGGGGAUUAAUUUAA